AUGUGGCUCCAUUUUUGGCAAAUCUCAGAGAGAUUGAGAGCUUUUAGGGGUGGUGAUGAUGAUGAAGAUGAUGACAACUCUACGAAGUUACAAGGUUUAGACAUCGUGACUGUUCUUCAACCAAAUUCGAAGCAGGGCAGCGUCAAAUGCCCAAAAGUUUCGACUCUCAAGAAUUAUGUAGCGCAAAAUAUUUCUGUGAAGUCUGAAAGCCACAAACGGAAGAGAUCCCCAGUUGAGGAUCUAUAUAAUAAUGCUGAUGUUAAGUCUUCUGUAAUGAAGCGAGUAGAGGAGAUUAUAGCUAAUCUAGCACCUCGAUUCCCUAGCAUGAUAAAGUGUAUGCUGCCCUCACAUGUUUCUGGAGGAUUCUGGCUGGGUCUUAUUAAGGAAUUUUGUAAAGAUCAUUUGCCAAAGGAGGACGCAAAGAUAGUUUUGGAAGAUGAAAGUGGAAAAAGUUUUGAAAUAGUAUAUCUUGCACGGAAGGUGGGUCUCAGUGGUGGAUGGAAAAAAUUCGCCCAGUUGCACAAAUUAUCGGAGGGAGAUGUUGUGGUUUUUAAUUUAGUCAAGCCAACCAAAUUUAAGGUCUAUAUUGUGAGGGCAAAUGGCUCAGAAGAAGUGGAUGGUGUUAUCCGCCUUUUGGAAAGGAGAGCUUGUGCUAGACAAAUGCAUUGUACCAAUGAUACAGUUGAUAUAAAGAAUCCAAGCAAUAUAAGCAAAGAAAUGGAAGAUCAGGAUCCGGAUCACCUCUUACUGAAUAAUUAUGAAGAGGAAAUUGAAAAGAAGAAGAUGGUGAUGUAUGCUGCUAACCUUGGGCCUGAAUUAGAUCCUUCUGAAGAUGGAAGUCAGUAUCGUGGCUUCAAAAUUACAGAUGGAAUCGGAUUGUCAGAAUCUGUUAAUAUUGGUUUUGAAGAAGUGAAAAAUUUUGAGGAUUUUGACAUUAUUGUUAAUGGCUUAGUUAUAAACUCUGAACUCUCCAAACACCUUCAAAACAAGUAUUACGAGCUUUGCUGCAGUCAAAAAUCCUUUCUCCAUGACCAUAUUCUUGAGGGCCUUAAUUGUAAGUUGGUUGCUGGAAUAAUUGUGCAGACUAUUAGCAUUGCUGAUGCCCUUAGAGAUCCCAAGGUUGCUACGUUCCAGGAUAAUUUUGCAACUUGGGAAGAGAUUUUGAAAUCCUUUCAGAGUUUAGGGAUGAACGUUGGUUUCUUACUUGCUAGGUUGGAAAGGCUAAUGGGUGUAUCUUCUAAGUCAGAGAGGUACAAGAAAGCUAAGCGUGAAAGAGCUAGCGUUGAAGAGGAGAUGAGAACUCUCAAGGCAAAGCUUUUAGAAGCGAAAAAGACUAGGAAUAGGCUUGAUGUUGAGAUUCAGAUGCUGGAGCAGAGAGCUGAGAAUCUGGAGCUUAAGUUCUAA